AUGACGCUUGACGUUUCUGAUAGAAAGUGUAUACGAGGAGAUAUUCCCCUGUGCUGUUUUUACAGUAACGAUUUACCACCAAAGCUUGAGAAUGUGUCGAGCGAGCAGAGGCUCAUGCAUGAUCUGCUAUGGAAGUAUGAAAGCUCCGUCCGACCGGUCUAUAAUUCAUCCAUGCCAGUCGAAGUUGCCCUAGGUCUGACCUUGACCCAGAUUCUCGACCUUGAUGAGAAAAACCAAGUACUAACAACCAACGUAUGGAUGGAAGUGGAAUGGCAUGACGAGAAAUUAAUGUGGACAGCGAUUGACUAUGAGGGAACGGACAACAUCCGGAUUCCCGGUAGGAAAAUCUGGCUGCCCGAUAUUGUCCUCUACAACAGUGUAGAAGACUACACCUCUGGGUACAUGCCGAGUCUGGCGAUGGUGUACAGUGACGGUCGGGUGUUCUGGGGUCCUGUGGUAAGGUUCCGAAGCUCCUGCAAGAUUGACACCACGUACUUCCCUUUCGACGACCAGGUGUGUUCCCUAAAGCUGGGUUCCUGGGCCUACAACGGUUUCCAAGUGAACGUGAACAAUAGAUCAAACACCAUCGAUCUUUCCAACUACGUUGAUAACGGCGAGUGGAAACUGAUAGGUAUCAAGGUUACUCGCAACUCGGUGAUCUACAACUGCUGUGUGGAGCCAUUUCCUGAUGUUAUGUUCUAUAUCCGUUUGCGCAGGCGCGUCAAGUACUACUUCAUGAAUAUCAUCAUUCCCUGCAUCAUCCUCUCUUUCCUUUGUCUGGCAGGAUUCCUGUUGCCUCCGGAGAGCGGCGAGAAGGUGACGCUAGGGCUCUCUGUUCUCCUUACAAUCACCGUCUUCAUGCUCAUGGUUGCCGACAAGAUGCCGCAGACCUCAGAAAGUGUCUCCCUUAUUAGUAUAUACCUGAUGGUGGUCCUGUCCAUGAGCUGUGUGUCCAUCCUAUUCUCCGUCUACAUACUGAGUAUCCACCAUCAGCGAGGCAAACCUCUUCGUUGCCCCAAAAUCAUCAAAUUCGUCUUCUUCUCAAUCAUCGCACCUGCUCUUUGCCUCAAAUUGAGGUCGACUGGUUCCCGACGUGUAAGCGCGGGAGUACCGGGAACCACCGACGAUAACGAAAUCGAGGAUGAAAAGAAAAAUAAAUUGGAUGGUAAAAAUACGAAUGAUUACAUUGAACUUGAACGCUUAGAACGAUUUGAAGGUUUGGAAGGGUUAAACGAUAUGAACUAUGCUGAUGAAAGUUUUCAUAAUAUCACUAUCACUGGUGAAACGACGCUGGCUGAUCUGGACCCGAUAUUGAACCACUACAAUGACAAGGAAAAGUCUGUAAAUGAACUGAUUAUGUGGCUGCGUACUAAGCAGAGAUCUGAGUUUAUUGAAGACACAUCAUUCCAGGAAUGGCGAGAUGUGGCUUAUGUCAUGGAUAGAUUACUGUUUGUUGUUUUUCUAACCAGCACCAUCUUGUCCACGGCGCUCAUUUUGAGUCGCCGUCCAGAAGUUAAACAUGAAUUAAGUGGCUUCACUGAGAUCAGUAUAGACUAG